AUGGAGUCUGUCUCUCAACAAAGGCCAACUGCGCCCGGCAACGGGUCUCACCCUCAGGCUCUACCUUCCAUUGCCUCUCUUACCAACGGCCUCUCCCCGUCUGAACAGAGCCCAGUUCGGUUCAGACAGCACUCUGAGUCUCGCGAAGCUCGUGAUUCCGGUAAUUGGUCCAUCUCUCAGAGCAAACACUCAUCCACCGUAUCCAACAACAUGGGUCUCCAACUUCAGACGAUCCUCAACGCUGAGGACUCACCAACUCGCAAUGUGCCUGACACGCCGUCCUCUGCUAGGCACCAGGCUGCUCACCAUCAACAACCGAAUGCGCCAUUUCCUUCUCUCAACCAAGGCUUCGGCGAUAACCGCUUGAGCAAUGAUGCUGGCUCUCAUUUCGACUCUCGGCGCAGUAGCGUGGACAGCCGUAUGAAUGUUGGAAUGGGCCACCUUCAGAUCAGCCCUGCGUCUCCGUACGACAGCCAGAACACAUCGCGUGUUUCGCUUGUUUCCAACCUUCAACAACAGCGAGGCAUCACCAAUCCCGACGCACGCGUCAAUGGCGUCUCUCCGUUGUCACCAUCCGUUCGUAACAGCGGCAUCCGUGCUAAUCAUCCUCCCCGUCGAGCGCCUGUGAUCAACCCAAAUCCUCGCAGCGUUUCUGGUAUGCCAGAUCCUAUGGCUGCUGCGCCUACAAAGGGUUAUGCUUGGGCCUUCCCUGCCGAAUUCGAGCCUGACGAAAGGCGGCAAUCAAGCAGUGGUGAGUCCAGUGCAGGGAACUCCCACAUCCCAUCGCGCCAGAAUAGCUUUGCCACUUCCAUCAACAGUAGCAUCUACACUACAGAUUCACAAGUUCCCCCCGGACAGAAGCGUUUGGAUAAUGGCACGCACACCCCGUCCCCACGAGACUACAUCUCAACAACUCACCACCACUCUAUGCAGCACCGCAGCGUUACUAGCCUCCAAGGCCUCGACCACAACGCCCUGGCCCAGGGCAGUGGCAACUAUAGUAGAACUCCGGAGCUGCGCAUCAGCCACAAGAUGGCCGAGAGAAAGCGCCGUAGCGAGAUGAAGAAUCUCUUCGAUGAACUCAACCAGAUCCUUCCUAACUCCCCAGGUAGCAAGUCGAGCAAAUGGGAGAUCCUUACGAAGUCUAUCGAGUACAUCAGGAAUCUUGGCCGAGCGCAUGAAGCUGCGCGUGCUGAGAAUGCACGACUUCGUCCUGAAGCUGACUUCUCUCGCCGGGCACAAGAAGAGAACGAGCUUCUGAAGAACGAGUUGACUGCAAUGUGGAAUAGCCUGCGUCGCCUUGAUCCUAACAAUCCACACGUCUACGGACAGAUGACGCAAAUACUCGCACAGCAGCAAGGGAACACACCGGCCCCAACUAACAAUGUACUGCCACCAUUGCAGCAACAGCAACAACAACCGCAGCCACAGCCUCCAUCACAACAACCUCAAUGGGGCGCACCAGCGCCUACGGCGAUGCAAGGCGUCGAGUUCGGCGGCAUGCGACCUUACGAGCACCCACACCGCUGA